AUGUUGUCCACCUUGAACGCCCAGUCGUCACCUGCUUCUGUAUUCUCUUCAGGGCUAGAAAGCAGUGUAGAUGCCAUCUUGAGUAGUGCUUCAAAGGUGCUCAAUACUUCUACGUUCCGGUCCACGGAACAUCCUUCCGGCUCCAACUCAGCCAUAAUUGCUUCAUCGUUCGAGUCAACCUUCACCACUCAGCCUUCGCUCCCUUUCAUCGUCGCAAGACACUCUGGGCUUCAGCUCGACCACUCUUGGCUCAUUGGAGGUGGACCCUUCCGCAUCAAGUCAGCACAUCAGCCUUCACUCCGUUUUACAGUCACGGGAUUCUGCCGACCUCAGUUCAGCAACACCCAGUCCAGCAACAUCCAGUUCAACAAGAUCCAGUCCAGCAACAACCAGCCCAGCAACAACCAGCCCAGCAACAACCAGUCCAGCAACAUCCAGUCCAGCAACACGCAGCUCAACGACACCAAGUCCAGCAACGCCUAG